AUGUCCUUGUAUCGCAUCGGAGUUGACGUCGGCGGGACCAACACCGAUGCCGUCAUCCUAGAUCUGAGGGCUUCACACACCACUGGACGCGGCGUACUGGCUUCAUACAAGACCCCAACUACGGCAGACAUCACCAGCGGGAUCGAGGGUGCAAUCCGGGCGGUCCUUGAGGCAUCAGCGGUAGACCAGGACCGCGUGUUGAGCGUCACCAUUGGCACAACCCAUUUCAUCAAUGCUCUCGUGGAAGCCGAUGCAAGAAGACUGGAUCGGGUCGCAGUGGUAAGACUCUGUGGCCCCUUCACGAGACAGAUUCCACCCUUCUCCGACUUUCCAGUUGGCCUCCGAAGCAUUCUGGACGGAGGGGUCUACUACCUCGAUGGAGGUCUAGAGAUUGACAGCCGGGAGAUUGCCACGUUAGACGAGGUGCAGAUCAGAACCACAGCAAAAGAUAUUGUGGCCUCGGGUAUCCGUUCCGUUGCCUUAAUCGGAGUUUUCUCGCCGCUCGACCAUGCAGGAAUCCAUGAGGAGCGAUGCAAGAAAAUAUUAUCCCAGGAAGCGCCCGAGCUACGAGUGGUCUGCUCUCACGAUAUCGGUCCAACUGGCUUUCUGGAGAGGGAAAAUGCCACCAUUCUCAAUGCGGCCAUCCUCAGAACAGCCGACCGGGUGACUAAGAGCUUCCGCCGCGCGAUGACACGCCUGAAACUCUCAUGCCCCCUAUAUCUGUCUCAGAAUGAUGGGACAUUGAUUGAAGCGGACGCUGCCGCAGAAUACCCCAUCAAGACAUUUGCCAGUGGACCAACCAACAGCAUGACCGGCGCGGCGUUCUUGGCAGGCCUAGACCAAGUAAAAGGCGUCAGCUCGACACCGGAAUCCAAUGAGGUCGACGUAGAGGAACCCCAGAUACUGGUAAUGGACAUCGGGGGAACGACGACGGAUGUAUGUGCGCUCCUAUCUUCUGGUUUUCCUCGCCAGGCGCCAGGGUUUGUAGAGGUUGGAGGGGUCCGAACGGCAUUCUCUAUGCCUGAGGUGGCGUCCAUCGGACUGGGUGGUGGCAGCAAGGUCGUCACGAAUUCUUCGCUGUGUGACGAAGUGGCCGUCGGUCCUGCAUCAGUAGGACACCUCAUUCAGCAAGAAGCAAAAGUGUUUGGCGGUCAAACUUUAACAGCAACCGAUAUUGUCGUGGCGAUGGGGAAAGCUCAAGUCGGAGAUCGGGCACUCGUGCAAGACGUACCACAAGCAAUCAUUGAGGGGGGCUGUAACGAUAUAAGGAACACGCUCGAAAGUGUCGUCGAGCGCAUGAAAGUAUCAUCGGCUCCAGUCCAUCUUCUCCUGGUAGGAGGAGGCUCACUCCUUGUCACGGAAAGUCCACGGAACGUGGCCCAAUGCAUCCAUCCGGUGCACCAAGGCGCGGCCAACGCGGUAGGUGCUGCAAUCGCCAAGGUCUCUGGCAAUAUUGAUGUUGUGGAACUGCUUGAAGGCCGUUGCGAAAAGGCUGUCGUCCAGGCCGCAUGCGAGAAGGCCAUCGAUCUGGCAGUCUUGAAGGGGGCGUCCCGGGACAAGGUGCAGAUUGUCGAGGUGAACAAAAUGCCUCUACAGUACGCGAGCAAUGGAGCCAUCAGGCUUCAGAUCCGCGCAGUAGGAGAAUUGGCCAUCCCCGGUGAACUGAUUCCUCCCCCUUUAGUUUCCCUGGACGCCGAAGCCGCGUUCGACGAGAAGGACGAGGGCGAAAAGAUCGCCGUCCGUGAUGCACUCGAGUCGACCAUCAAGCCAUCUCUGAAAACAAACCUAGAAACAUAUCGACCGGAGGUGUGUAACGGUAUAUGGUACGUGUCUGAGAUCGAUCUCGAGCUGAUCGCGACCGGGUGUGGCGUUCUGGGAACAGGAGGCGGCGGACCAACACAUUACGAGUAUCUCAAGAGUCUUCAUGCACUCCGAAGCAGCGAGAAGGGAAGGAUGCGCAUUGUUUCACCAAAAUCCCUCAGGGAUACCGAUAUGGUCUGCUUCGGCUCCUGGUAUGGCAGCCCGAGUGUGAUCAAUGAACGUAUUGCGGGAGGAAAUGAGAUUUCCACGGGGAUUGAAGCCCUUAGCAAGGUCUUGCCAAAUACCUCCUUUGACGGGGUCUUCAUUGAUGAAAUCGGUGGCGGAAAUGGAAUGAGCGCGUUCCCUACCGGUGUCCAUCUUGAUAUUCCCGUGGUAGAUGGCGACGCGAUGGGACGAGCAUUUCCGACCAUGUAUCAUGUCACAUUCAGUAUCUACGGUCACUCACUGGUUCCUUGCGCGUUGGCUGAUGCCAAAGGCAACGUCUCCCUUGUGAUGAACGCCGACUCCCCUGAGCGACUUGAGAAACUCCUUCGGACUACCGCCAUCGAGCUCGGACUUGGAUGUGCAGUGUGUGCCAACCCGCUGUCGGGAUCCGCCGUCAAGUCACACGGCGUUCCCAACACCAUCUCCCUCGCGUGGUAUCUUGGAAGAGCAAUUCAUAUGGCUCGGCGGCAGAAGAGCAGUUACAUCGAUGCGAUUUUCGACGUCUGCGCAGGCAAACUCCUCUUCACCGGCAAGAUUGUCGACGUCCGUCGACAUAUCGGUGAUGGGUACACAAUGGGAGCCGUCAUUAUUGGCCCUGACAAUGACGAUUCCGAUGGGAGCUCAACUCCAUCUUCGAACAGCCACAUGAUCAUUCCAUUCCAAAACGAAUAUCUAUACGCCGCUCUCAGUGAUUCUGUUGGGUCGGAGAAGUCUCAGGAGGUUGUCUGUACCGUUCCCGACUUAAUAUCCAUUCUGGGCCAGGACGGCGAAGCGAUCGGCUCCCAGGACUUGCGGUACGGACUGCGAGUCAGUGUCAUUGCCUUGCCGGCUCAUCCGCUCUGGAAGACCGAAAGGGGGCUGAAAGUGGGAGGUCCAGUAGGAUUUGGUUUGGCAAUGCCGGUGAUGGGCGUGGAUGACGAUUUUGUCGAAUCGAGGAGCGUUAUUGACGAGUUUGGGAUGUAA